AAGUACAAACAUUUUAUGCAUUAUUCUGUUUAGGAACCUAUGUGUAACGUUUACGAUAUAUAACCGCUGUCUUAAAAUAAUAUAUUUUUUGAUAAAAGUGGUAAGUGGUAAGUAUACCUUAUACAUUAAGAUGUCGGAGAUGGAUGCAAAACGUUCGGCAACGAGUAACAAAAUGUGGAAAGAGGACGAAGCCAAUUAUGUGAGAUGGAGAGAUCGGACGAAAGGGCAGCGUAUUCGGACAGUCGCGAUCGGAGUUGUUAAAAUUCUUCUUCUCCUCGUCUGCCUCUAUCUCUUCAUAUGUUCACUGGUUCUUAUGGCGGAAGCGUUGAACGUGUUGGCUGGAAGAGUUGCCGUGAGCGUGUUCACCAGCAACGUGUUCCUCUCUAACCCGAUCACCGGCCUUAUCAUUGGCAUCCUGGUCACCGUAAUCAUUCAAAGUUCAUCGACUUCGACAUCCAUCGUUAUUGCAAUGGUUGCUUCUGGAGUGAUAACGGUAAAUAAAGGAAUUCCGAUAGUAAUGGGAGCAAACAUUGGGACCUCAGUCACUAACACAGCUGUAGCAUUAACACUUUCAAUGAAAAAGGAAGAGUUUAGACGAGCAUUUGCCGGUGCAACUGUACACGAUUGCUUCAAUAUAUUAUCUGUUGUGGUUUUGCUUCCCUUAGAAAUUGUUUCAAAAUAUUUGGAAUCUCUUUCCGCUGCAGUUAUUCGUUCCUUAGGUCCGAUAGAGGGCGCAGGAGCGCCAAGAUUUUUGCGGACUUUGACGGAGCCAAUUGUAGACAAUCUGAUUCAUGUCAACAUAUCCGUACAAAGGAAGAUAGCUCGUAAUGAAUAUGUGGAACCUGAUAGUAGCAUGGUUUCUAAAUGGUGUGUGAGAAAUUCCACUUACGCACUUAUUCGAGUAAACUCGACGGCCUUGGAAAGCUCAACUCAAACGUUGGCAACCCCUGUUGAAGUAACACAAACAAUUCCUGUAAUUGCUGGUGUCCGACUAUGUGAACGUAGUGACUUUCUGUUUGCAAACACUGGUUGGUCAGACGCUGCUGUUGGUGGUCUUCUAUUCUUUAUUUCACUUUUCGUACUUGUUUCGUGUUUGCUUGGGAUGGUUAAAAUACUGACAUCAUCAUUAAAGCGGGGUGUGAAGAGAGUAAUUAGUAAAGCAGUCAACACGAAUCUACCAAAACCAUUUGGUUGGCUAUCAAGUUACAUUGCCGUGUUCGUUGGAUGCGGAGUGACAAUGCUGAUACAGAGUAGUUCAGUUGUUACAUCCACUUUGACACCGUUGGUUGGUCUGGGUGUGGUAAAGUUGAAACGAAUGUAUGCUGUGACUGUGGGUGCAAACAUGGGUACCACACUCACUGCUGUUCUGGCUGCACUUGCUACAGGGAACUCAAAUGCUCUGCAACUUGCGUUUUGUCAUUUCUUCUUUAAUAUUUCAGGUUUUGUUAUAUGGUAUCCAAUACCAUUUAUGCGACGAGUGCCAAUACGCGCAGCUACUGGGUUAGGAAACAUAACGGCAAAAUAUCGAUGGUUCUCAAUACUUUAUGUGAUUUCAGUAUUUUUUGUUAUUCCUGGCAUUAUCUUAGGCCUUUCAUUCGCGCCAUUGUGGGUAUUAAUAACGGCUAUCAGUAUUGCGGUCGCUAUAAUAAUAUUUAUUAUUAUAGUCAACACAUUGCAAAGCAAAAAACCGCGCUUUCUUCCAAGAGUUUUGCGAACAUGGGAUUUCCUACCAGAUUGCAUGCAUUCACUGAAACCAAUUGAUCGUUUGCUUAAUACUUAUUGCGCUUGGUGUAAAUGUUGCCAAUGUUGCCAUGGUGAAUUUGUGGAUGAAGGUAAUCACGAUACCGUGAUAGAAAAUCACCAUACCACAGGCAACACUGAACUACCCAUGUACGUUAGUAACGGGGAAGUUAACGGUAACAACAAAUUAUCAAGCGUUAUGUGAAAUGUUCAUAUAGUACUGUGGGGUAAGAUGGGACACAUUUAGCACAUUAUGUCCAAAUAUCCUGAUCGUAUUUUUACACAAUGAACAAUGUUCUAUGAAAGUCGUGAGAAUGCGGUUGUAUAAUUCUUUAAAUGUUAUUUGAUUACCACCAAAUGGCACGAUAUAAUAGAAUAAAACGGUGUCCCAUUUCUCCCAAGCUAUACUAUAUGAUAGUAAUUGCCGUCAAAUGCAUUAUAAAGUUUUCUUCUUUAGCAGAAUUAACUGGCGCUUACUAACUUGCUGUUCUUUUGCAUAUACUUAUAGGUGUACUUUUGUAGGUAUAUUCUUGGAAUUAAAGUAGUAGAUUCAAGGAAUCAGCUUUUUUAUAAUAUUCAUUGAAUGUUUCUUUAGUGUUAGCUGGCUGACAAUUUAGGCCAGCAGUUUUUAAGCGCAAUUGCAAAAUGCAAGAUGUUAAAGUCUUGUCCUU